ACGCGGCGCUACUCGUCGGUGCCCGACUGCGAGGCGAGCACGUUUUUCCGGCGAGAAACGACACUGACGAAGCGUUCGGCUGGUUCUGUACGAACACGUGCCUCUGAAUCGCGGCGGCUGCUCGAAUUUUCGCGGAUUUCUGACGAAUUCUGAGUGAAAUGUAACGUGGUGACAAGACUGAAGUUUCGUUUCAAUCCUCGUUUCCAACUUUUAAUAGGUGACGAUGUCUUCGCGAAAAGACGAACCCCCAACAACAGAAGCCACUGAAAUGGACCUUUUGAACCCCAGGGAUGUCAAGGAUAAACAGACACGAUUCCAGGUGAACCGUGUUAAAGGAGACAGCGAUGGAGUAGUAGUAGACAUGAGGCUCGAUGAUGACGAAAACGGUGAAACUGGUGCAACAGACGACGAAGAUGACGUACAUUCUGCUACCGAUAGGACUAGGCUUAAUACAGAAUAUGCAAAAAGUUUUAGACACCUGACCAGAGAGGCAUUACCAAGACUGGACAACUACAGGAACAUAAUGUCGAUACAAGCAGCAAAUCGUCCAACGCUGGAUGAACUGCACAACGCAACGUUACCGACAAAGACUGCCCCGCCGACAUCGCCGACCGCCAAUGGGAAAGCGGGCAACGAACCGGACGGACAAAUUAAAUUCGGAUGGAUCCAAGGCGUGCUGGUAAGAUGCCUGCUCAACAUAUGGGGCGUUAUGCUCUUCCUAAGGCUCACGUGGGUCGUAGCACAAGCUGGCAUAGGACAAUCAAUUUUACUGAUAUUGACAACGACAGUGGUGACGACAAUCACAUCUUUAUCGAUGUCUGCCAUCAGCACGAAUGGCGUCAUCAAAGGAGGUGGAACCUACUACAUGAUAUCCCGCAGCUUGGGCCCCGAAUUCGGCGGUUCUAUAGGUUUGAUUUUCUCCUUGGCGAACGCAGUGGCGUGCGCGAUGUACGUCGUAGGAUUCGGGGAGUCCCUCGAGGAUCUGUUGCUGGCCUACGGUAUGCCGCAGAUGGUCAGCAAAGUCAGCGAUAUUCGGAUCAUCGGAUGCAUCACUAUUGUGAUACUGACCGUAAUCGUUGUCGUUGGAAUGGAAUGGGAAGCUAAGGCACAACUAGGUCUGUUGGUAAUCUUGUUGACAGCUAUAUUGGAUUUUUUCAUUGGCAGUUUUAUCGGACCUAUGAGCGAUGACGACAUAGCGAAGGGAUUUGUGGGUUUCAAUGCGUCGGUUGGCUAUCAAAAUACGUUUCCUGACUAUAGAAAAUUCGACGGAACGCAACACGACUUCUUCAGCGUCUUCGCCAUAUUUUUCCCGGCGGCUACAGGAAUUUUGGCGGGGGCGAAUAUUUCCGGGGAUCUAAAGGAUCCCCAAAAGGCGAUUCCCAAAGGAACGAUCCUUGCGAUUCUGAUAACUUCGGCGUCGUACAUUUUGAUGGCUGUCGUAGCGGGUUGUACGGUGCUGAGAGACGCCACGGGAAACGUCAGCGAAUACAUCAACGUUUCUGCCGAAAAUUGGCCGGUUUGCCAAGCGGGAGAGUGCAAAUACGGCUUGCAUAAUAAUUUUCAGGUGGUGGAGUUGGUGUCAUGGGUGGGGCCAAUAAUUUAUGCAGGAUGCUUUGCAGCGACUUUAUCUUCCGCGUUGGCUUCACUAGUGUCAGCUCCGAAGGUUUUUCAGGCCUUGUGCAGAGACAAACUGUACCCGAAGAUCGAAUGGUUCGCGAAAGGUUACGGAAAAAACAACGAACCGCUCAGGGGAUACGUGUUGACUUUUAUUAUCGCUGUCGCCUUCAUUUUGAUAGGUGAAUUGAACGUGAUUGCCCCUCUGAUCUCAAACUUCUUCCUUGCCGCUUAUACGUUGAUCAACUUUUCGACAUUCCACGCCUCGCUUGCAAAACCAGUCGGUUGGAGGCCAACAUUUAAGUAUUAUAACAUGUGGUUGAGUUUAUUGGGCGCAGUACUGUGCGUGUUGGUGAUGUUCUUGAUAUCCUGGGUGACAGCUUUGUUGACGUUCGCUAUGGUAUUAGCCCUGUAUCUCAUCGUCGCUUACAGAAAACCAAACGUAAACUGGGGAUCGACAACGCAAGCUCAAAUCUACAAAAACGCUCUGCAGGCCGUGCAUCAAUUGAACAACGUAGAAGAGCAUGUGAAGAAUUACAGGCCUCAAAUUUUGGUAUUAUCCGGCAUGCCGAGCGCUAGACCUGCUUUAGUAGAUUUUGCCCACUUGUUGACCAAGAAUCUUUCCAUGCUGGUUUGUGGACACAUCAACAUGAGCCCACUUCCGCAGAGAGUUCGUAACGUGCUCAACUACAAAGCAAACAGUUGGUUGAGAGCUCACAAACUGAAAGCAUUCUAUAUGCAAGUAGAUGGACUAUCUUUUGAGGAUGGAUGCAAAGCUUUGCAGAAGGCUUGCGGCAUAGGCAAGCUUAGACCGAACAUUUUGCUGAUGGGGUACAAGGCAGACUGGCAAUUCUGCCCUCGAGAGGAUCUGAAUCAGUAUUUCGAAGUUGUGCACAACGCUUUCGACCUACACAUGGCUGCUGGAAUCAUAAGGAUACAAAACGGAUUCGACUUGAGCAUAUCGAUAGAGGAUGACAAUAAGAGCAACAAAAACAGUCCAGAGUAUGGGAUGCCCAGGAAUCGGUCAUACAGUCAGAUGUCGCAGGCAAGUAGUAGCAGUGACAGAUCACUAACCACGAACAAGGAAGCGGUGAGCAUAGCACCGAACGCGGAUGAGUCGAUGAAGAAGGCGAAAUCGGUCACAGAAUCAAUGGGCGACAUUGGAGACGAUCAAAUCGAUAAUAAGGAUAUCUCGCCGUCGGAAAUUUUCUUUUUCCAAAAGAAACAGAGGCGGAACGGUACGAUCGACGUUUGGUGGCUAUACGAUGAUGGAGGUUUGACCCUGCUGCUUCCGUACAUAGUGAGCACCCGCAGAAACUGGAGCAGUUGCAAGCUACGCGUGUUCGCGUUGGCCAACAAACGGGACGAACUUGAAUUGGAACACAGGAACAUGGCCAGUUUAUUGGCCAAGUUUAGGAUCGACUACACGGACCUGCAAGUCAUUCCCGAUAUCACGGCCAAACCUCAAGAGUCGACGCAACGGUUUUUCGAAUCGCUUAUUUCCGAUUUUCGAUCGAAUAAGGAUGAGAAGAGCGAAGAUGGAGAGUCUAUCUCGAACUCGGAGCUGCUAGCCGUCCAGGACAAGACCAACCGCCAUUUGCGACUGCGUGAGCUGCUGCUUCAACAUUCCAGCGAGGCAAACCUGGUGGUGGUUACCCUACCCAUUCCAAGGAAAAACAUCAUCUCCGCGCCACUGUACAUGGCUUGGCUGGAGAUGCUCACCAAGGAUAUGCCGCCCAUUCUACUGGUCAGAGGAAAUCAAUCUUCAGUAUUAACUUUUUACUCUUAAUUUUUAGGAUAUGUUGUUUUAUAAUAUUGUGCCUUUCCUCAGGAGAUCAGUAUUUAUACUAUACUGUUUGUUUAUUCCCUCGAAUUUUUAUCAAAACAACUGGAGUAUUAUAAUAAUCUCUUACCAAGCACCAAGCUCGUUUUAUGCCACAAUGUCUCACUUAAGUUUGUUUAAACAAAAAUUGUAUCGGUGCAACGUAAACAGAUUUACAACCGACGCGCUACUAAAUUUUUCUAGAAGGCGCCUAGAAAAUCGAGUGGCCCAAAGCCGCCUAUGAUUUUCCUGAAAAAUGUAAAUGUUCAAAUUCAAAUGAAGGCAGAUUGACAGCUGACAAUUUGUCGUUUGCCUGAACAACGUUGCCAGGUGCUCUGUUGUAAUAGUAAAGUGCGCAGAGUACCUUCCAUAUUGCAGGUUGGUGUGCUAGUCCCAUUUUACCCAAAAAACAUGAAAGCGAAUCGUUCUUAGUUUUUAGUAACCCUCACAAUUUAAACGUAAACGCACGAACUUUAUUCAUUUUAAUAUUCGAUUUAUACGUGUACCUAUAUAAAAAUGUUACAUUUUAGUACAAAGCCUAUUGAUUAACGAUUAAAUCGCACUUGCAUCCAGAGUUUAUAUGUUUUACUUAUAUGAAGUUGUUACUUAAGCUAAUGUACCUAUUCGUAUUUUUGUACUAUUUUACAAAUAUAUAUUGUAUUUAUUGAA